GAUAAUAUUAUUCUAUUCAUUAAUUGAAUUCCGUUAUUCAAUACUCACAUACACACAUUGCCAUUGAUAUCGACAUAAAUCAUCAUGAACACAAGCGUGCGAUUACCCCGUGUGUUGACCCAAGUACGUCACGCCUCGACCGCCUCCAAGUCUGUGAAGCCCGAAAUCUUUUUGCAGACAAUCGUGAUGAGCAAUGGUGCUACCUUUAGUGUCAGAACCACUUCACCUGUACGUGCACAGAUUCGCCUCACCAAGGAUACUCGUAACCAUCCUCUUUGGAAUCCCGCCAUGCUCAAAGCAGGCUUGACCGAAGAGAGCGAACGCCUCACUAAGUUCCAGAAACGAUUUGGUGAAAGUGCUGACCUGGCCGAUAUUUCAUGGAUCGAGAGCGAUGAGGCUAUUUCUGCUGCUAUGAAGAAGGCUGCUGCAAGCGGUGGACCUGCCAAAAAGGCGCCUACAAAGGGAAAGAGAAAGUAAAUUAAUACGAUUCAAUUCAUCGUAUUUUUUGUAUAGUAGAAAGAAAGAAAAGAAAAGAAAAAAUAUCAAACAAGAGCAAAAGUAAAAGCAAAAGCAAGAAACAAUUGAGGAAACCAUUAUAUAUACACAUAAAAUAAAAAGCAUACAAAUCAAGACAAUCGUAUGGAUCUCAC